UGACACAGUGUUAUAUUAGUAAGUAUAAAUAAAAUCCAAUUCAUUUUCAUCAACUUUUAAAUUAACAAAAAAUUUAGUCAAAAGUAUUCAUGAAUAAAUUUUUGUUUUAUGAUAUUAUUUUUCUAUUACAUUUCAAUAAUAAAUCUCUCAUAAUAUGCAAAAAUCCAACCAAACCCAUCAGGAUAACUUUAAAUUCCCAGAUAUUGACUUUACCUCUAUCUCAACAAGUUGGAUAAAUAAAUGCAAUAAAGAAAAAUUAAUUAUUGAAUUAUCUAGAAUACACCUAAUAACAACUGGUCUGGUUCCAGAACUAAAAACUAGGCUACAAAAAUAUUUAAAGGGGAAGCCAUUUCAGACGAUUUCGAUACGCAAAUAACUAAUAUAACAUUUAUCUCAGAACCAAUUGACAAACCUAAAGAUAAUAUAAUAAAAAAACAACAUGCCUGACAAUAAAAAACCAUAUUUCAAACCAAACAAUUCCACAGGUUCGAUUUCUGAAAACAUUGACACUUUUCUAAAAAAAUAUGAUACCGUCGCCUUGCUAUCACGAACCUCGGUUUUUAAUUGUCUACCGUGGUCCGUGCGAAUACCGUUUCCGGAACCAUAGGUUGGAAAUUACAGUGUAUUUAAAAUACGCGUUUACGGUUAAUCAUAUUAUAAAAAUAUUAUAAUCAUUUUAUACCUAUUGAUGUAUUGUUAUUUUUUAUUUUAUUAUUUCAAUUUUCAAUAAUAACAAUAUUACUCUUCACCGCACGCCGUUAAACUCGACAAAGCCGUAGGAACUAACGUCACACGGGCACCGAUUUUUGUUUCAUUGUCACUGUUGUCACUUGUGACCAUAGAUUAAAAGUUAGUGUGCUCGUGACUUGUCAGUUGCUCAAUUCGCAAAACAGUUGUCACUUGUGAGUUGUCGCUCGCCGUAUAGUCGCGUCUCGAACCGCCAUCCGCCAAAUUCACCAUCGACGGCACGCUGAAAAUCGCUGCUCAUACGUCCUACGUUGACACAGCUGCCGGGACAUAUCACAUACUGCCCGGAACGCGACUACAGGUGGUGCUACCUAUGUCAGUAAAAGAAAUGGAUACCAUUCAGGCUUCAUCUUGUGAAAAUAAUCUAAAGCAAGCUCUGAAAUCAAAUGACUGUGAACCAACUAAUUUUAGAAAUAACUCUCACUCUGUCAGAAUACUAGAAGAUUUACAAUCUCUACGCAAAAAUGAAGAUUUUUGUGAUAUUAGAUUUAAAGCAGAUGAUGGUAAAAUUGUAAUUGGACAUAAAAUUGUUUUAUCAGCAGCUAGUCCAUAUUUCCGUGCAAUAUUUAGUAAUUUUGAUGAGAGCAAUAAAGAUCUUAUUAAUAUAAAAGAAUUGGAUUCCACUAUUUUAAAACUAAUAGUAGAUUAUAUCUAUACUGGAAAAAUUAUGGUCACAAAAGAAAAUGUGCAGGCGUUGUUAUCAGCAGCAAAUGUAUUACAGUUAGAUUAUGUAAAUGAAGCAUGUGCUGAGUUUUUACAAAAACAACUGGAUCCAUCAAAUUGUAUUGUUAUCAAAGCAUUUGCUGAUUUGCAUAAAUGUACGGGAUUGUUGUCAAAUUCUGAAGCAUAUAUUAAACAACAUUUUUUAGAAGUAGCUAAAGGCGAAGAUUUUCUAUCCUUAUCUUCUGAAGAUUUGGUGAAGCUUGUUUCCUCUAAUGACCUUGCCGUUCCAUUUGAAGAAAAAGUAUUUGAAUGUGUUAUCAAAUGGAUAAAGCAUGAUUUGGAUCGUAGAAAUGAUUUUUUGCCAAAUUUAAUGGAACAUGUACGUUUGCCAUUAUUAAAGCCUGAUAUAUUAUUUAAUAUAUAUGAAGAACCUCUUUUAAACACUAUUCCUAAAUGUAACAAUUAUUUAGUUGAAGCCUUAAGUUAUAAUCAUCAAAAAUCAGUUCAGCAUUUCACCAUUCCUAAAACGAUUAAGUUUAAACCUAGACAGUUUGGUUCUCAAAAAGUUAUUCUAAUGUUCAAUAAGUCUGAUACGUCGUCAAUGCGUUCUACAGAAUGGUAUGACCCAGCAACCCAACUACGAGAGAAUGCACCAGGAAUAAAUGAUUGUCGCCAGUUGGCUGGUCUAGGUGUAAUAAGAGAUCAAUUUGUGUUUGUUAUGGGUGGUGUGAAUGAAAGAAGUUCUAAAUCUGUUAGUAUGCUUGAUGUAUCUUCACAAUCGCCCUUUUGGGUUCCAAUGGUAGAUAUGUUAGUUAGUAGGAGGCGAUUGGGAGUUGGUGUAUUGGAUGAUUCCAUAUAUGCAGUUGGUGGAUGUGGUGGCAACAGUGCUUUAAAUAGUGUAGAGGUUUUUGAUGUCAGUAUUCAAAAAUGGAGAUUGGUAGCUAGUAUGUCUACUGAAAGAUGUGAUUUGGGUGUUGGUGUACUCAAUAAUUUAUUAUACGCAGUUGGAGGUGCUCGUAGUGGUAAAUGUUUGAAAUCUGUGGAAUAUUAUGAUCCAGCACUUGACACAUGGUCUUCAGUUGCAGAAAUGUCUGAAUGCCGUGAUGGUGUUAGUGUAGGAGUCUUAGACGGUCAUAUGUAUGCUGUGGGUGGCUAUAGCAGUGGAGAGUAUCUUAAAAGUGUUGAGUUUUAUAGACCAAGUGAUGGAGUUUGGUCGUCUGUAGCUGAUAUGCAUUUUUCUCGAUACAGACCUGGUGUAGCUACAUUAGAUGGUUUAUUAUAUGUUUUUGGUGGGGAAACUGAGAAAUCUAUUGUUGAUACUGUAGAAAUUUACAACCCCAACACCAAUACUUGGACCAUGGAGACAUUGUCAAGACAUGGACUACGAGUUUAUAGUGGAGUAGUCGUUGAUAGACCACAUCAUUAUCAUUAAUCAGCUUUCAGAAGUACUCAUUGUUAAUAGUAUAAAGAUAUACUUUUGUAAACAUUUUGUUGACACGUGUAUUGUUUUGAAUAUUUGAUAAGAAUGUGUUUUAUAAUUUAUA